AUGAACUUGUUGAGUUACAGAGAUGAGCUGGAAAAGAGAAAAGCCAAUCUUCAAAUUCUCGAAGAUAUACAGUUUAAUUAUCAUCUAAUUGUAAAAAGGUCUUUGUGAUUCCCCUUUGUAGAAAUUCAAUCUUUUAUAAAGGUAAUAAUGAAAGCUUCUGUUUUGCUGACUUUGUGUCUAAGAUAGUACACUGAUCUUAAUAAAGGCGCUUGAUUUGAGCACAGGCACACCAAGGGGGUGUUAGACAACAAACUUUGAGAAACCUCAGAGGCACCCAACAAGAAUAUAGUUCAAAUCCACUUAAACAUAGCAUUGUGAAACGUAUUUUAGUAUUUAAACGGUAAAUAUAAGCACAUUUUUAUCCGCUAAAUCUGUUGGGAUUUCCUAGAUGAAAGGCUAGUGAUCCGAAAAUUGUAGGGAUCAAAACUUACCUUUUCGAAAAUUUCAGUCACAAAAAAGGCUCCCGAAAAUUCUAGGUGACCUUUUUAAGGUAAAAACCCGUUAAAAAUGGGUAAUUAUACCAUUCUUUAGAUGUUCGAAAAUCCUAGGAAAGGCAGGCAAGCAAGAAAUUUUACAACAAAUGUUCAUAAAAUUCUAGAUCUCAAAUCGUCUUCCGAACAGAUAAUUUCAGAAAAUUAACGUUGGGUGCCCUUGACUUGUUUCACAGCGAAAAUAACCAAGAUAGCUAGGAAUACCUCUAACGGAUAGCACGACAGUACAGGUUUAUGUGAAAACACUAUUUCAUCAAUAGUGCAUUGUUUUAUAUAGCUGAUAUGUUUGUCUCGAUAUCACUUAUUUGUCCGCUUUAUCUUUCCUUUACCUUUUUAGGGAAAAACAGGAGGAUCUUGAACAUUGUUGUGAUAUCCUCAGAAACGAUCUCACAUUAAUCCUUACAAUGCAAGGUAUAAUAACAUUUCUCUUUCAAAUUGCAAAUAAAAGAAGUACUUAUUGUAUUGAUUAUAGACAUAAUCGUUUGUGAAAUUCGGCAACUUCGCCAAAAAUGCAGAAUUUGAUCCAAAAUGAUGUUGUGUUAUGUUACUUCCAGAUUGGCGUAGAACAGAGCAUCAUACAAUGCAAGAAGCAAAGCUCCUUAAUAUCCUCCAUUGCCUUGAAGAGAAACAAAGACAAACUUGCUGA